UACGUACGUACCUACGUAGCGAUGAAAACGUAGCUGCAAAACGUAUAGCAUACAUUUUCACUGACGUACGUGACAUGUACACGUAUUUAUGCAUGGAUUCUACACACUACACAUACAAUGUACACGCAGUGCACUGCCAGCUAUCAAAAUUCGUCGAAUGUUUACAUCACAUCCGAGUGAACGUUUUCAUCGAAAACAGGAGCCUUUUGGAAUAAAUUCUUCCGACCAACACUCCAGAACAAGCAAAAUCUAUCCAUAGGAUUUACAUGUCGGAGAAAGAUGCGUACAUUUCACGGUGAGACGUAACUGUUCGGUUUUUGCGGGUUUCAUUUUGAUCGUACUCGUAGUCGUAACCUACGUCCCAUAUUUUGUGGUUCCCGACAUUUUGUCACACGUCUGGGGUGUAUCGCGAAGUCGGUUGUUUGCUGCAUGCUACGUGCUGGUUCGUGAUCGCCAAGCUUGUUUUGGUUUCACUGUCACUGUGGUCAGAUCUAAAGUUCCUCUUUUAUUGAUACUCGAUUGUUUUCCUUCACGGCAAUUUGGAGAUUUCACCGAGACAGUGAAUUUAUCGGUGUGAAUCACGGCUGAAAAGUUGGGCAUUGGUUUUGGCCGUCAUUUUUUGCCUUCGCCCAAUUCAUCGCCAACAACAACAUCCACCACGGCGGGGUUUCUGAAGGCUGGUAUGGCACAGACGAAUGGGACGCUGUACUGUGGUGAACUUAAGUACAAAAUGCUGCACGAAGGUGCCAUACAAGUGUGCAGGAUUAACCACGCCAGCAAUGUGGUGAACAAGAUAAUGAACAUGAAAUUCCUCCGGAGGUGGGAAACGCACCAGAUUGUCCUGGGAGAGAGUACUCUAUAUUCAUUAACACCCUCUGGUUUCAUGGAGUAUCCUCUGCCAUACUGCAGCAUAACAGACAUCCACCCGUUGACGCGCUGGGAGGCCGGACAGAGCGCCUGCCUGCGUAUUGUCCUUCACACAGGCUCUAUACUGUUGCAGGCGGCCAACUUGUACGUUCGUGAUCAGUGGCUUCACUCCAUGCAAUGGAAACGCGCAAUCCACAGAUACAAGAAACUGCUGUGCAAUACCACAAGACCAGACGUCUUCAUGAAAGAAGUCAAGGCAAUGGUAGACAUGACAUUGACAACCUGUGUGCAAGACCAGGCCGUUUAUCAAGUGCCACUGGAGAUCGUCUCAGACAUUCUGUCACAGAAUCGAGAUGUCCUCAACAGCGUUGCCCAAGAUAGCAUCAUUGCGGCCGUGGCCCCCUUGCUGGAGAACAACCAACCUUCGCCCGAGAUAUGCGCGUUCUUCAGCAAACACUGCCGCAACUCGCCCCGCUCUAUCGUGGUUCUGGAGAUGUUCAUGCCCGUCAUUCAUCGGAUCCUCAAGCACAAUAUGGAUUUUGGCAAGAACCCAAGACUCCAGGGCUUUGUGCGGGAUUUCAUACUGGCCCUCCAGAGUAAGAAUGACAAGGAACAGGCAUUGCAGUCGUUUGUCAACACCAUGCACGGACCAACCAGUGAAUGUCCCCAUCCCCGUGUGCUCCCCAACAUGGUCGCCAUUUGUCUGGCAUCCAUCGCCAUCUAUUUCCAGGAGUGUAAUGGUUGCAGGGUACAGCCUGAUAUCACCAUAGAGGACAGCGACGGCUCCGGCGACGAUGCAAUCCUUCAAGAUGAAGACACCAUGAUGUGCUUUGUCACGAUCCUAACCAUGACGGCUGGAUUUGUGGACUGGCUGCCCCAACUGUCAGGAAUGCUUCUGCCAAUCCCCUUUCCCAGGACAGCCUUCGAUAACAAGCGAGUGACUGCCGCCCUGAGUACCAUCAUCAGCAAGUUUGCGGCCGAUGAUCGUUGCGAGGUGCACACUGCGGUCUGCGGGGUCCGGGACGGCAAGGCUGGGUGGUUGGACCUCUUCUGUCCCGGGGGUGCAGCGUGCAACGAUGACGGACAGAUCUUCUCCCAGAUGUUACACAAGUUGAUAAGCUGUUGCUGUCGACGGCGCCGUUUCCUUCUGUCUGUCACUCCUCGGCUGUUUGAGCCGAUCCAGCUCUUGGCCCUGAGAAGAAACGCUACCUGCAUCGAGAUGCUGUGCCUGAUGCUGGAGUUGGACGUCUUGCCGGAUGAGGAGACUUGCAUGCAGGUGACGCAGACGCUCAAGAGCACCGACGAAGGCCUGGAGACGUACAAGAAUCUGUGUGAGAAACAGACGGCCCUCAAACAGCUGCAAGAGAAAGGAGGUCCCCAUGCCUUGUCCCUACCCUCCAAGUCCACCGAUGUAGACGUGGCUCAACUCUUCAGCUCAGGACCCCUGGGCAACCUGGAAUGCCUGAACCUGGCCUUCACUCACGUCACCAGCGGCUGUGCUGAGACACUCAUCAAGCUGCCCAAUCUCAAGACGUUAAAUCUCUGGUCCACCCAGUUUGGGGACAGCGGUCUGGAACUGAUCACAGAGCACAUGCACUGCCUGGAAAGCCUGAACCUGUGUGAGACCCAAGUGACCGACGAGGGGCUACGCUGCCUGAUUGAUCUGAAGAAACUCAAUCAUCUGAAUCUCAACAGCACCCCGCUGACCGCCCGCACCUGCAAAUUGCUGCUGAGCAACCUACCACACCUGAAGACAAUUGACACGAGAUACACAGACGCCUGAGCCGGUUUCCAGAUGCCAUAUCGCAUGAUUCAUCAGAGCAUAAACGUAUCAACCAGAACGACCGUCUAGCAUUUGUCUGUAAUUCAUGUACCUGCCGACGGGACAGAGAUACGCGCUGUUCUGAUAUCACAUUCCGCCUGGAAUUACAUUAACAUGUGUUCAUUGCAUCAUGCGCCCUACAAUUUGACGUUAAAAUUCGACAACUGGUACAAAGUUUAUUUUAAAACAAAAAAGCAUUGGGACACGCACACCGUUAUAUUUCGGCCAUGUGAAAUUAGCAAAUUUAUUUUUGGCUGCUUUUUGCACCGUGCUGACAAAGGGUUUAGUACAGACACCUUUAUUUUUCACAAAUCACUUUGUUCGUCUUGUAAAAAUGCUGAUGAAGUUUUCAGUUGGAGCUGCUGGAAAAAUGUAUAACAGUACGUGGAUCUGGACAAUUGAAAAGUAAAAAGCGUCCUAGAGAACUGAGGUCAGAGGUCACAGUGUUGACCUUUGACACGAGAGUGACAUUUCACAGCAGCUGUUAGCAAUCUGCUGGACAGAUGCUAUUAAAGUUAGUGCAUGAAAUUAUGCCCCGCUUGUUGAUUUGCACCUGCUUGUAGUAAAAUACAAGAUUGCAGUUUGGCAACUCUCAUGAAACUGCUCUGCAAUACAAUAUUUUUUAAAUGCUAACCUUAGUUACUUGCUUUAGCCAUUACGAAAUCUGGGAUCCGAUUUCAUGGCAAUAUUUAAGCGGAGAUGUUCUGCUUACUACAACAGGAAUUUUGAUGGGGACGGCCACCUCACAUAUCGGUUUGGAUGAGAUCAUGCUUAUGGCAUACCUCUCGAUAGUGUGUGUUGCUUUCAAAAUGCUUGCGCAGAAGGAAAAAAACAACGCUGCUAAAUUGUGAUAUGCUUUAAACUCUUAAAGUUUUUCAUGAAUAUAAGUAAAACAAUAGUUAUUUGUACAUGUAAUUAUAAAGAAUUAUAAAGCUCUGAAACGUUUAAUUUGUAUCCUUAUGGCAUCGUGACAGAAAGAAUAUCGUUUCUUUUGCUGUCAAUGGAAGACAAGUGUAAUGUUCACCACAAGUAAUACUUCAAACAUGUAUUUUUAAGCAGACAGCAUUUCAAACUGUGUAAAAUAAGUGCACCUGGUUGUUAUACAUGAUGAGAGCUUGUUUUUAGGGAGAAUGCCAAAUGUCAAAUGGUAAUUCUGACCAAACCUCGUGUGAAUAAAUAACGUGAGUCAUCUGCCUUGGUUUCAAGGGAAUCAGCGAAGCCGAUAGUGAGAAAAACAGUGGAGCUUUGCCAAGUUUAGGGAUUUGUGAGAUGCUGACGUCGGAUGCGUUAGGUAGAGUCCUGUUCACAUCAGGAAGCAUAACCUUACAACUCUUUCAAAAUCUUGCCAGAGGUUUUUGUAUGGAUUUCGUAGGAUUGAGGAAGGCAGAACCGAGCCACUUUGGCUUCGCAUUGGGGUGGUGACCCCUGAAAAGUUUUAAUUACAAAGACUGUGUCACUGGUAUUCUGCGAUGCGGAGGAUUUUCAAGGAUCCAGGAAUGUUUAGGAACCGACAGGAUUUGAGGAAGCAAUGGCUCAGCCACUUUUACUUGAAUAACCUGGAGCUUGAUCGAUGCCCUCUCCGAGUUUAAAGGACAAUGUGACAGUGGUUUCCUGUAUCAAGAGGACUCCGUGCAUAAGCACCACCUCCACAUUUACACACAGUUUAACCCUAACUCCCUAGCUUGAUUUACUAGGAACCAUACCCAUCCUGGCAAAUUCCAACACCAUAUGGGAAACUGCACACACAUAUUUCCGACUUUGAUUCUGGAGGUGUGCCAACCCAAUGUAAAAGACUGUCAGUUUAGGGGUACUGUACCCAUCCUGACAGAUUCCAACAAAACAUGCCGUUGGGGUUUGAUGGGUUGAGUUCUGUUAGGGUUAAUGAGGAGUCACAUGCAUUGCUGUUGUAUGCCUGGUAGUUGGGCUAAGACAGUAUGACAAUCAGACUGAGAUGCAUUGUGUGUACUUGGUGCCGCAAGCGUAUAUGGAGCUAUUGCCAGUGGCCAUAGCGCCCUCUAUUGAGCGUGCGCUGAGUCCAUUUAUGGAGGAGGGGGACCAGCAUUGAUAAGGUUGUAAAUGGCAAGGGAGGUCAGUUGGUGGUGUUUUAAAUGUAUGAUCUUGUCGGAUUUGUUGUGCCGCGGCUGAGAAACAUUUCAGCACCCUUCAAUUCCUUGGCAUUGUCAGGGAUGUGAACGUGUUAGUGGUCUUUGUUCAUGUAUGUAUGUUGGUAUUAUUGAGAUUUGUUAUUGGAAAUAUUAUAAAGUCGGUAAUUUUUUAUUUUCGGAGGGGGUGUACCUGUAUAAAGCCUUUAAAGAUGAAACCCCCUAAAGAGACUGUAAUGGUGCCGAACAUCAGUUGUUACUUAAUACAACCAUACCUUAAAAAAAAAAAACAGGCACUCCUACAAAAAAAAUAUAAUCGUGUUUUCAUCUGGAGGAAAAGACUUGCUUGGGCAUCAGAGAUAUUGAGGUUUUUGCAUUUUUUUCUGUAGAUUACUUUAAUGAUCUGAUAUUGACUGGGUUAAUCGGGUACCUUACUCGAGAUCUGUGUGUUGGGGGGGGGGGGCUGGGAGGGGAAAGUGAGGACCUUUAGAUGUCCUUUAAUGACCCACUCUGCCGAGUUUGUGAUAUUUUAAUUUUAAAAAGUAUUGUGGCAAAGAAAAAUGGGCAUGCUUGAAUUAAAUCCGAUUAUAAAAAGAAAAAUCUAAAUUUUUGUAAGAGCAGUUUUCGAUGUUAUUUGAUAUUUUGAUCUCAUAUUGACAGACAGUUAUAAAUUAGUAACUAUAUUUAAUACAAAAUAUAUAUACAUACAUACGUAACAAAAACAAUUCUUGAAAGGAGAAGAAAUUUCCAAUACUGUAUGUUGUAGUCGCAAGAAAUGUCAAGUGGUGAUUGUGACGUCUGUGCUUGCUUGAAUAAAGUGCAAACAUUUUUUGCAAUUUGUCGUUGUGUAGAGUUCCAUAUCGUACGUGAAAAAAUAGAAGAAUUGAGAAGUAAUUGUAAAAAAAAAAAACAAGUAAUGUAUUUACUGUUUGGAAACAAAUUAAAAAUUAUGAUUUAAAAGUGACGAUCAAAUUGAAACCAAAAAAAAUAAAAAUUGAAAAAAAAUAUUUAAAAAAAAAAAAAAAAAAAAAUACGAAGGUUUUGGGAGAAAUUGCAGCGUAAUGGGAAAAAAGUAACAAUGAUGGUGCCUUGAAAUAAACAUGCACCAAAUAAUUAUGUGACACAAAAUCAGUUUCACAAUUAAAAUGUGUAAUAUUUAAUAAUGUGACCUAUUUUGUGGUAUUUCAGUAUUUUAUCUGUUUUGAGGUUAAUAUUGCGAGAUGUACCUUUUUUUUUUAGCAAUAGGUUUUAAGGGGAGGGGUUCUGUUAUCGGCUUGGCUGUAUUUGCAUCAUUUGUGGAAUUCAAUUCUUGCAAGGAAAAAAGGCUUGAGAACAAGUAUUUGUAAAAAAAAAAAAAAAAAGAUUUUUUGGGAGUUGUGUAACAUACACAGCAAAUUUGGAUUUGGAAAAACUUAUCAUUUCCAAGCCUAACCACUUUUUUUUUUGUUUAAUCUACAGUGUCGCUGUGAAACAAAUGCUAUGUGCAUUCUUGAUAGCUGCAAAGUAUUGUAGGAAUCAUUAGUGUUAUUAUAUGUGUGUGUAUAUCACAAACUUAAGUAUGAGAAUAGGUUUUUCGGUGGAAAAUGACUCAAAAAUGAAAUGGUGCUAAAUAGUGGUGUUUUUUGAUGGGCAGUUAAAGUUUCACAAGUUCUGUUCAGUGAAAUGUUGGAAUGGUUUGCAAUUUUGCAAUUUGCAUGGAUAAAAGUUUGUUCCUGUUUUCUUUAGAGUAAAGGAAACAGAAAUUGAUUGUUUUGGGGAAUCUCUUAAUUUUUUUUCUUUUUAAACCAGUCAUGUCUGACUUAAAGGGAGUAUACAACAUUUGCUUUUGCUGUAAUUUUCAGAAAUGGAUGGAUUUGGGGCUUAGUAUUUUAUCGUAGAUAUUGUUACCCUGACUUACUUAAAGUUUUGGGUUCGUAGAUGCUGAACAACCAAGAAAAACAAUCGUGUUCUUGUAGUCUGGUUCCCUGACCCCACUUAAGAUGAAACGGAGCAAUUUAUAGAUGUCAGGGAAUUGUAAGGUCAGGAAACCAGUCUAGCUGGCUUGUACCCGUUCACAGGUGUGUAAUGAUUGCGAAGAAAAUGCGAACUAAAUAUAAUAAAUUGGGAGCAGUAUUUGAAAAAAGCCAGUUUUUUCCAAUGCUGGUCGGCCGACCAUCGUUGGAAAUUGAUAGAAAAAUACCACUUUUCUUGAAAAUUACAGCACACCAGGUGCCAUGAUUUUACAGGAUGCUUAAGACUGUCAUUCACUAACAGUCCAGUAAGUUAUUUCAUAAUAAUUUGGUUGUUUUGUUUUUUGAUGUUUGCAAAUGUUGUAUAUUCCCUUUAUAAUGCAAAGUCUUUUCAUUUGUAGAAGGGGACAUAAUUGCAACUCAAAAUGUUCAGAGGAUAGCGAAUCAUUUGUGGUUUUUUGUGCUGGAAACAAGAAUUCAAAUCAAACGAAUUUAAAACUCUGAACUUUUUUUAUGUUUUCCCCCAAAAUGACAUGAUGGAAUUAAAAAAAAAACCCAGAUAUUAAAAUUUUCAAAUUGAAAAAUAGUGAUCUACUAAACAUUAAUAUAAAUACUUGACUAUUUUUGCAACGAUUAAAGUAAAUGCUAUAUGUUUGUAGAAAAUGUAAUGUUACCUAUAAUUUAGCGAAUAAGAAAGCAAAAGAGAAAAAAAAUGUCUGCACACAUUAAAUUUACAUUUAUUUACCCGUUUGUGUAAUUUAAGUGCACAAAAGUUUUAAAAAAAAAAAGGUAAAAAGAAAAGUACAUGUAGUCGGAACUCAUCAUUAUUUUAAAAUGGUAAAUUGAAAGUUAUGUCAAUUUUUUUUUUCUUCAAAUUUAGGUUCAACUUUUUUAAGGUGGGGGUAUUGAUUUCUUUACUGCUAAUAGGGAGGUUGAAUAAUUUGAAUAGGCAAGGCACUAAAACAAAUUUCAUCCUGUAAAAAUUCUAUAUUAAUGUGCCAUUGUUUCAAGCAUUGUUAUCAACAGUAUUUCACUGAUGUCGUUUCUUUCUGUUUUUGAUGACAAUGUGUUUUUGAAGUUCAUGUUUUGUGAGUCCGGUAAGCAUCUGACAAAACCAGUUUCGAUUGUCUUUUCUUUUUUCUUUUUUUGCUUGCCUUUUUGUUUCUUAAAUAUUUAUUUGCAUUGUACAUUAUUAAAUUUCCAUCAGGAUAAAUGUCUAUAUUUUUGACUUUUUUUUUUAUCAGCAGUUCAUUUUGUCAUGUAGUAGUUCAAUCCACACAUUGUGAAUGCACAGUGGUAAGAAAAAAAAUUGCCCAAUCACAUUCCUUGUUAUUAAAUCACAUACAUGUAAUGCUUCAGUUUGACAUACAUCACUGCAUUUGAUUGGCCCGAUGAUUUUUUUCUUCCUCUGAUUCUGGAAUCCAGCAUCUGUACUAGUUUUGUUUUGUAAACUGAACUUUGUUUGCAUUCAGUAAACUAAGAAAACUACAGUUUUCGUUGGCGAGUCAGAUGAUCUGUUAUAUCUUGUGCAUACAGUUUGCAUAUUACAUCAGGAUUAUUUCACUUGUAGAACUGGCAUUGUCUGUGCAUUGUGUAAGAAAUAAAACAAAAGGAAAAAGAAACAAAAGUG